AGUCUAGUGGAAGACCCACGUCCUUCGGUGCUGCACACGAUACAAUUCUGUGAUACGUCCUUCUGCGCUGUGGCCGACCGACCACCUUGUGGUGCAGUGGGAGAAGGCUGUUGGAGAGACGCGUCACCCCCAACAGUCAGUCCCUCGUGGGAUAAUCUGUAGACCUGAAACCUUCGUUCACAUCGCUACCUCGGGGCCUAUCUCGGAGCAUGGCCGACAACACGGAAUACCUUAUCGAGUAUGCGUCUUCAGGAAGGGCAAAGUGCAAGGCAGGCAAGUCCUGCACCGAACCCACCAUCAAAAAAGGGGAGCUUCGUGUAGGAACGUCGUUCGAAGCGAAGAACGGGACACCCAUGAACACCUUCAGACACUGGGGUUGUGUUACUACGAAAGUUUUGCAAAAUCUCAAAGCCAAAGUCGAUGAUGUGGAAGCCUUGAAUGGUUUCGACUCGUUAACCGAAGAAGAUCAGGAGAUGGUCCGAAGUGCAUGGGAGGCCGGCGAGAUGCCACCUAAGGAAGCGAAGGGAGAUGCGAGCGAUGAGGAAAAUGGUACCACCGCCAAAGCCGAAAGCAAAAAACCUGCGGCAAAGUCCACAUCCUCGAAAGCGAAAGCUGCGCCCAAGAAGAAAGGAGCUAAAGCUGGAAGCGACGAAGAAGAGGCAGCCGGAGACGAAACAGAAGAAGACGAGAAGCCCAAAGGAAAAGGAAAAGCCAAGGCUGCUCCACGAAAGACGGCGGCGGCGGCAAAGAAGGCCAAAGCCGCCCCGAAGGAAGAAAACGGUGAAGAUGUGACAGAUGAUGUGGAAAAGAACGAAAUGCCUGUCACGUCCCGCAAAUCUUCCGCGGGCAAGAAAGCUGCCGCCCCGAAGAAAGCGGCUACCCUCAAAGAAGCCGAAAGCGAAGUCGAGGAAGAGGAGGAGGCGGAGAAACCCAAACCGAAAGAAAAGGCAACUCGCAAGGCGGCCGCUCCAAAGGCCAAAGCUGCACCUCGAGGCAAGAAGGCUACUGAGGAGGAAGACCACGGCGACGCCGGCUCCGAGCCUGAGGAAGAAGCGAAGCCCAAAGCUAAACGCGGCGCGGCAGCGAAAGACAAGCCUGCUCCGGCGAAGACUGCCCCGGCGAAACGUACGCGCACUACCCGUGCCGCUAAGGCCGACGACGAGGAGGAGGUUGAGCCUCAAGCUGCGAGCCCCAAGAAGAGGGCAAGGAAGUAGAUGGGGUGCAGCUGCUAUAGUACCUUGCUGUAUGCACAUCGUCGCUUAGGUGCACCGUGGGAAAACCUACGACUCAAGCCUGUGCGCAACGCCCCCUUUCCGUUUCGGUCUACCUUUUACUGGUAGCUACUGUGGUUG